AUGGUGCCUGCACCUCCUAGCAGCCUAGCCAUGGUGCCUGCACCUCCUAGCAGCCUAGCCAUGGUGCCUGCACCUCCUAGCAACCAAGUGGUGGAAGUGGCACCGUGCGGGUCGUCAGUGGUGCUGAGUGCUGGUGUCAGAUACGUGGUCAGCAGUCCUGGCUACCCUCACCCUUACUCACCCUUCACCUACUGCCGCUGGUUCUUCAAGAGUGAGAGCAGCAGUGACAGAGUGAGCAUCACUUGUCAACACUUUGAACUGGAGACGUCAUCUAGGUGCUCUGAGGCGGCCUUCCUCGCUCUUCAAGACUCACAACACAACUUACACUGGUACUGUGGUAAUGUGGGACCAGUGAACCUGGUAUCUACCAGUGAUUCCAUCACUGUACACUUCUGGAGCAGCUGGAAGGUAAACAAUACAAAAAGAGGAUUCCACUGUAUGGUGGCCAACAGCCUUGUUCUACAGCCUCGCAUCAUAUGUCCCACUGGAUGGCGAAGUGUCGACAAAUAUAGGUUUAAUAACAUAGGUAUAUACAGGAUGGUGUUGCCCAAUGGUGCUCUACCGGAAGUGGUGCUGGGAGAGCACGACCGCAGCCGCGGUGAUGAGACGCCGUACACACAGGUAGUGCCCGCAGUCCGUGUUAUACCACACGACAAGUAUGGUCACUCUACCAGCCCUAAAGACCACGAUAUUGGUCUUAUAGAGCUUGCCACUGAGGUCGACCUGGAGGUGACACGUAACAUCGCACCUGCCUGCCCUCCUGACCAGGAUCUUAAUUAUGACAACCUCACAGUCACUGUCUCCGGGUGGGGCUACACCAGCUUCCCGGGUCACAAGGCUGAGGUACUGCAGAAGGUGGAGAUGCAGACGGUACCUCAGGAGGUGUGUAGGAGGCAGUAUGAGGCAGGAGUGAUCACAGACAACAUGAUCUGUGCUGCAGCUCUCAACAAGGACUCAUGUUUUGAUGACAGCGGUGGACCACUGAUGACCAAGGUGGGACAACACUGGCAGGUGGUCGGUAUCGUGUCAUUCGGACCAUCCACCUGUGGUAACCCCAAAGUAUCUGGUGUCUACACUAAGAUUAUCAAUUACCUUCCCUGGAUCAUCUCCAAGAUUGGUGAUGCUAAGACCUGUCCACCAGAGACUUGAUCAGUGCUACUCUCCCUCCCUCCACCACACUCUCCCUCCCUCCACCACACUCUCCCUCCCUCCACCACACCAAGCUCCAACAACACCUUCUUCUGGACUGCAGAAACCAGGGAUUGGCCAAGCCUUUUCUUAAUAAUGAUUCCAAAAUGUUACAUUAGUGUCUCAUAAGCAAGACAUGUGUAACAGUUAUUCAGAAACAUUUCGCCUACACUGCAAGCUUCUUCAGUCGAGUACAGAAGAGUAAGAAGAAGCAGUAGAGAUGGAAAGACGAUAUCAUCAGUCCAUCACUCCAGAAAACGUAGUUUCGAGGUGGUCAGUCCCUCAGCCAGGCGAAACUUGCAGAAUAAAGAUACCUAACAGUUGCGCUUGUGUAUAACUUACCAACCUCUCGGUAUUAAGUACCAUUUAAAUAUACAUUGAUGUCUCAGUCUGCAACUUGUCGGCUAAACCAUUUACAUCACUGGAUCAUCUCCACCAAUGGUGACUGUUAAACCUGUCCACCAAACACUAGAUCAUUUCCAUCAAUGGUAACUAUUGUACGUGUCCACCAAACACUAGAUCAUCUCCA